UGUGAUUGGUCCUAAACCCGUAUCCGGUGGGGCAGCCGUCCAAGGAUUUGGAAAAAUCGAAGCGAGAAAUUUGGUAAGCUUGUGGAAAUAACAUCCAAAACCGAGUCAGUGUCGAAGGGCUCGGUAAGAAUUCGCGGAUUCUUUUCAGAGGUCAGAGUUUGCGAGUUUACCAGGUGGUAGCGGAGCAGGAGCGCGUCGUGAAUCGUGAUGGCGUCGAGCAGUACGAGCAGUGAGGAGGAGAGGAGUCUGAGGGAGUGUGAGCUCUACGUGCAGAAACACAACAUCCAGCAGCUGCUGAAGGACUGCAUCGUCCAGCUGUGUACCUCCAGGCCAGACAGACCCAUGGCAUUCCUCAGAGAGUAUUUUGAGAGGCUGGAGAAGGAGGAGGCCAAGCAGAUCCUGAACCAGCAGAAGGCCAGCAGCCGUUCUGACUCCCGGGAUGAGGAGGUGUCUCCUCCUAUGAACCCUGUUGUCAAGGGUCGCCGGCGGAGAGGAGCCAUCAGCGCUGAGGUCUACACAGAGGAGGACGCUGCUUCCUAUGUCAGAAAGGUCAUUCCUAAAGACUACAAAACAAUGGCUGCCCUGGCUAAAGCUAUCGAAAAGAAUGUGCUUUUCUCUCACUUGGAUGACAAUGAGAGGAGUGACAUCUUUGACGCCAUGUUUUCAGUUACCUACAUCGCUGGAGAGACUAUCAUUAUACAAGGUGAUGAGGGGGAUAAUUUCUACGUCAUCGACCAAGGAGAGACGGAUGUGUAUGUCAACAAUGAGUGGGUGACCAAUAUCGGGGAGGGGGGCAGCUUUGGAGAGUUGGCCCUGAUCUACGGGACCCCAAGGGCUGCCACCGUCCGAGCCAAGAGCAACGUCAAACUGUGGGGCAUCGACAGAGACAGCUACAGGAGGAUACUCAUGGGCAGCACUUUGAGGAAGAGGAAGAUGUACGAGGAGUUCCUCAGUAAAGUCUCCAUCUUAGAGUCUCUGGACAAAUGGGAGCGUCUGACGGUGGCUGACUCUCUGGAGCCGGUGCAGUUUGAUGACGGACAGAAGAUCGUGGUGCAGGGAGAGCCUGGUGACGAGUUCUUCAUCAUACUGGAGGGUUCUGCAGCUGUGUUGCAGCGUCGCUCUGAGAACGAGGAGUUUGUGGAGGUUGGGAGGUUACAACCGUCUGACUACUUUGGUGAGAUUGCCCUGCUGAUGAACCGUCCCCGUGCUGCCACUGUGGUCGCCCGCGGUCCUCUGAAGUGUGUGAAGCUGGACCGACCACGGUUCGAACGUGUCCUGGGACCCUGCUCGGACAUUCUCAAACGCAACAUCCAACAGUACAACAGCUUCGUGUCACUGUCUGUCUGAGGGGUUUCCCCCACCCCCUGUAUCCCCCUACCCCCUAUUCUCCUGUGUAACACCAUAACACCCCCU